UGCUCCCAUUUUACAUCGCAUUUCCUCACUAGAUGGUGUGCAAGCCACUGGAGAGUACACUUCCCCGCACAGUGGGCUCUACAUCCAUCAAAACAAACCUGGGAAACUAUACGGAGGACCAUUUCUGUACGGAGCUCCGAGGAGGAAAAGUGUGGAAAUAAAAAAAAAAAAGCGUCGUUCGCAUUUUCUUUUCUUUUUUUUAUAAGCAAACCCCGCGCUCGUCUUUUUGUUUUUUUUUUUGUAUUUUGCAACAAGAAGUCUUGGGAGAAGCGGCAACAACACACAGCUGUGAUGGACAUAAUGAUUGCGGUGCAGGAUGCUUGUGUCUCUGGUCAGUGGCUUACUGCGAUAAUUCUCAGCCUGUGCUGCUUUCUGCCGUCCUGUUUGCCCGCUGGACAAACUGUGGACUAUUCCUCGGUUGAAAGUGUGGUCAGCAGACAAGGCGACACGGCUCUACUGAGAUGCUACCUAUUGGAUGGGAUCUCUAAAGGAGCCUGGCUGAACCGCUCAAGCAUCAUAUUCGCAGGGAACGACAAGUGGUCUGUGGACCCGCGUGUGUCCAUCGUGUCCAGCGUCGGAGACCAACAUGAGUACAGCCUUCAGAUACAGAAAGUGGAUGUAAGUGAUGAUGGCCAGUACACUUGCUCCAUUCAGAGUGAACGCAACCCGCGGCCAAAGCUCCUCAACCUUAUUGUAAAAGUUCCUCCCAAGAUAUAUGACAUUUCCUCUGACAUCACGGUAAACGAGGGCAGCAAUGUGUCGCUCAUCUGUACAGCCAGUGGGAAACCGGAGCCAAGCAUUUCCUGGAGACACAUAACCCCAUUAGCCAGGAAGUAUGACAGUGGUGAAUAUCUUAACAUCACCGGCAUCACAAGGGACCAGGCUGGAGACUACGAAUGCAGCGCUUUAAAUGACAUCGCCUCUCCUGACACCAAAACAGUAAAAGUCACAGUCAACUUUCCCCCAUCUAUCCAUGAGAUGAAAAGCCAUGGAGUCGGCCUGGGACGCACAGCUCUGCUAAGGUGUGAGGCAGCUGCUGUCCCUUCUCCGACAUUCGAGUGGUACAAGGGUGAGAAAAGGAUUAUCAAGGGUCAAGGUAUCGACAUCAAGAGCCUCAGCUCCAGAUCAGUCCUCACAGUGAACAACAUGACAGAGGAUCGUUACGGGAACUACACAUGUGUCGCCUCCAACAAGCUAGGGACGGCUAAUGCCAGUGUGCCUCUCAUUCCAAUUAUUGAACCCACCACCACUAGUGCUGUCUCAAGCCCAGCGCCCAACACUGCACCCUAUGGGAGCACAGGAAGUGCGUACGCCCCGCUGGCCUGCCGAUACCUGGUCCUGGCUCUCUCCUCCUUCAUCAGCGCGUACUAGCGGAGGCCAGCCCAGACACAAUGACUGUCGAGAGCAUUUAUGAAUCCUUUUUGACAUUGCUGAUGGCUGGAAUCCAAUCUGGUACAGUGAGGGAAAAAUAAUCAGCGUUACUUUGUGUGGGGAUUUUUUUUUUCUCUCUUUGCUUUUUGGUGAAAUUUCUGUCAUGUAAAUACUAUGAUGUUUUUUUUAUUAUUAUUAUUAUUAUUAUUAUUAUUAUUAUUAUUAUUAUUAUUAUUUCCUCUUUUUUUUUCUGAUUGAUUGACCACCUUGUGAAUCAGUGCUCAGUCCCAGCCCCACUCCACUUCCAGUCAUAUCAAAAGCCCCCAAACAACCCAAAUUAGUUUCAAGCCUCUUUCUCUGGGAGGCGAUGGCGCAAAAUUGACAUUUUCAUCCGUUUUUGUACAUGGGUAAAAAGACGCAAUUGUGCCAAGUCUCUCAGUACACAGAAUUACCAUACCAAUGUUGUAUUGAAUGUAUUAUGGGUUAAUGAACAAAGGAAAAGACAUUUAGAUUCCUAACAAUACAGAUUCAGAUUAUGGAGUGUGCUUAAAAAAUACAGAAAAAAGAGAAUUAAAAAAAAACAAACAAAAGAACAAAAAAGGCAGGACUCUUUCAGUACCUGCGUUGUCAUGAUUACUCAAUAGAUGGAUGAACAGUGUUGAAGGUGUGCUUUGUUGUAUUCUGAAAUGGGUCCUUCAGUUACUAUGCCUGCCUAACAGAUUUGAUCAGGCAGCCGUCAAAGUAGCAAAAUAUACUGUAUCGUAUCUUUAUAUUUUAAUAUAGUGUAGGCUUUUGUUCUGAAGUGGGACCAGUUUUUCUCAUUCGACCAAGAACAUUAAUCCAGUCCAUGACUUUGUACAGUAUGAAGGGAGGAACACCGCUGCCCUAUGUUUACAUUUUUCUUGAAAAUAUAAAUAAUACAGUAUAUACUCCAUAGUUCUUUUUUUUUUCCAGUGAGUCCACAUGUGAGUGUUGGAAGAAAAAGCAGAACCCAAAAUCAAAUGUUGUAAGCUUUUCUCUUAAAGAUGCAGUUGCCACUUCCAGUGGGCGUCUGAGCGGAGGGUUGUGUCUUUGAAUUUGCUGCGUACCUACUGAUCAUGCACUGGCUGGAAACCCACAGCUGCACACUGUAGGCUGCUUGAAGUUUUUUGGCUUCAAGUUUUGGCACGGUACUUAAAUAAUGGAUUCCGGGAAAGGUAUUUUAUUCUUCUGUUUUUCUUUUACAAUACACGAUUCAAUAUUAAAAUAUAUUACAGUCUCUUUUACAAUAAAUAUAUCUACAUCAUUGUACCAGAGAGCCAAAGGCCAUGUUACUUAUGAUUUCUGGCCACCAACGUAUUGGGUUCAGUACAUAAAAGAACAAAACAAUAAUGAAACCUGCGUUGGUCCCAAUCACGAGCAACAGAACACAAAAUAAAUCUGAACAUGCUCAUCACUACAAACAUGGCCUAAGGUGCCAACAGCUCCUCCAACACGAGGGUUCAUUUUUAUUAAAAAACCCGAACAGUGUCCACAGGGCCGGUGAACGUCCGGCAGAGUUGAGAAUAAAUUAAACAAUGAGGUCAUUUAAUGAGAGAUAUGACUUUUUGUUCGCUGAAAUGAACAAAAAAAAACAAUGUUAAUAUAAGGGUUUACUUUUUGACAAGACUGUCAUGGCAUAUUCAUCCUCGAGUAUCUUCAGUCCAUGGUGUAAACACAAAUACUGUACUGUAAUGCCUUAAUAGUACCAUAGACAUUAAAUGAACCUCUUUUAAAAUUACACUUCCAGAAGCUCUCGGUAAGAUACAACUCAUUUGUUUGACAUAUUACUGAUUAUUGAAUGUUCAUAGACCUAUAGCUGACUUAUCUUUCAAAUUAGGCAUUAUAUUCAGUACAAACAAACAAUUCUCAACUUACGGCUCUCACAGGUAUUUUCAAAUAAGCCGGUUGCAUCUGAUGAAAACGCAGUAUUUGUCGUACAGGAUAACAUGUUUGCGGGUUUUGUUUUGGAUUUGGUUUGUGUUAUAUUUUGACCCUGUGAUUGAGGGACUAACAGUACCCGAGCUCACGCAGUAUUUUCACAUGAACUUGUAACUGCAAACCUAGAGAGAAAUAGCCAUCGCAGUUAAAAGACUUAAAGCACAAACACUGUUAUUACUUUUACGUUUUGUGAUGACUUGUUUGCUAAACAUUUUCUUUCUUUCUUUCUUUUUAUUUUUUUAUUUUGUUGUUGGUACUGAUAUUGUUAUCAGCUUGUUUUUCAAAUUAUGAAAAUACUGCACCAUAUGAUCUUGUUUAAAUGUUAAGGUAAAAUGAAAUGGGUCAGAAGUAUAUUUAUUCUCUUCCUUUAUGAAAACAAUGUAUAAAAAAAAUAGAUUUGAAACAUGUAAAACUGGAUAUGUGACAUUUAUUUGAAUGAGACGCAGUGUGGCAUAGUUUAUAAUGUUGUCGGGUUCAUUUAGAUGCCAUAACUGUUGUUGAUUUUUUGUCAGACGAGUACAUUAAAAGAACAAUGUUUGCAAUCAAAAUUACCUACUUUUUGAAAGAGAGGGUGUGAACCAAUAUAACAGUAUUAUAGAACAGAAUCAAUGUGUGUAUAUUUGGAGAAAAUAGGAUACCUUUUGAUCUUUAGAGCCAGUGUGUAGUCAUAGUUUUCACACACUUGCGUGUUUGACGAUGUGCAGAGAGUAUGGUUGUGCUGCAUGUCAAAAGUUAACCUGUGUUUUUGAGGUGGCCAUUUUACAGAUAUUCAUACUUUUUAUGAAUGGACAGUUUUUUCCAAUCCUUUGGUUCUUUAAAUCUGGUCUAAAGAUACAUACCUCCUACAGACCACCAGGCUAUGUUUGUUUGUGAUUUAUUUGAAUCAACUUUGCUGAUAAACUAAAAACAACUGCUGUUCAGCAUCAUAAUGAUUAUUGUGGCACAUUGGUGGCCGUCUGGAGUUAUGUUCGUUGCUUCUCUAAGCAGUUAAGACCAUGCUAGUAUUCCAUAUGAAAUGUACUGGAUGUUAAUUAUUUUGAAUAAUGGUAUUAACAAGUCCCUUUUAUCCAACCACUAUUAUUUGCAAUAAAAGUCUUCAUGUUACAAUAUAAACCCAUAUCUGAGUUAAUGAGCACUCAAAGGGGUUGUCAGUGUCACUGAGAUAGGCUUUGAGUGGCAUUACGACAAUGUCCUCCUUAAAACAUAUCCUGCCACUUCAUUCUCCAUGCACCCAGAUGUCCCCCUUUAAGGGCAUUUUUAGAUUUUAUAAGCUGUAUCAACAUUUAUUUUGUGAGUAAGCUAAACUACAAAAUCAGGUGUGGACCGUUACAUAAUCUCUAUAAAACGUUAAAUCUGUAGGUGAGGGACCAAGACGUGCUCUGGAAGUGUUCUGGUUCCUGUAGCUCGAGUAGCAUUGACCAGUCAUGUUCAAGUGGGCUUUGGUUGCAAAAAAAUACAAUCUCUGAACCUAUCAUGUAUCAUUUAACCACAGACUACAGAGGAAGUCUUGGCCUGGAAAUCCAAUAUCUGUUCUGGUCGUUGCCCCCAGAGGCUAAAUCGUGAUCUGACCAUCGCUGAUGGGUUCCGAGAUUGACUGUCAAGCUGGUACCUGCACGCUCAGCCAGUCUCCGAUGGUUCAAAAAGACCAGCUGAGUAACAGGUCCUUACACUGACUGACUGCACACGUCCAGCGUGGUACGUUGUAGCUAAAGCUAGCUAGAUAGUGAAUAAUCCCAGAAUCCCCAUUAGAACGUCUUACACUAAUAUUUUAUAUUUUAAUCAUCUCAAUCAAGAUAUUAGAAAAUUAAAUGACUAAAAUGAAUGAAAAGUAAACAAACUUCAGUAAAAACUGUGAGCUGGAAAUAGCUAACAUUACAAUUGGAUGAAUUUAGAACCAACUAUUUAUCUGAUAUGUAAUUUACCAGAUUUUGUCAUUAUCAAGUAGCAGCUAUAUAGCAUUAUUAUAAAACUACUCAUUAUGUAAUGUCUAGAGUAAUGAAAAAGUAAAUUUAUACCACAGUAAUGUAGCUAUAUAAUAUUCUUUAGUGAGUGACAGUAAAUUGGUCUUCUCUGAAGUUGCCUUUAAGCAAAAUACUUAUUAAAAUAUAAUUUUAUUGGCCCAGUUAAACCCUGCUAAAACAAAGAUGUGAACUUGAUCAUCCUAUAUUUGAUCACGGGAUUUUUAUUACCUCCUAAAAAUGAUCUAGUCGUAAAAAUGAAUCCAAUGGUAUGUGUCUGAAGUCAUAUCUAAUAUCAGUUCUCAUAUAAUUUUAAUAUUAUGUUUGUAAAACUUUAACGGUUUUGUUUGUUCCCCGCACUGAAGUGCUACUGGGCCCUUUUGAACUCGUACUGGCUCACUGCUGGGACUAUUCUCUGUUCGUACAGUGUAGCUUGAGUUAUUGAGUCAUCUUAAUUUUGCAGUAUCAUGCAUAUUUGAUCCCCUCCCCUCUGCCCUCAAACACUAUAAAUCCUCCUGAGCCCAGAUGGCUAGAUGCCACAGUACAUAGGAUUAGCCACUGUUUGGAGUGCGUCGUCAUCAUUGACUGAGAGUGUGUCGCUCAGUAUAUAUGAUCUGCAGAUACAAACAUAAAUCACUACUCAUUUUGUUCCAUAAUGCAUCUGGGGUCCAGCGGCAGCCGCCAGCGCAAGGCUUUCGAGUAUCCUAUGACCUGAAUUCACUUUUGACUGAAACAUCCGCGGCUGUGUGACCUACCUCUUAAAAGUUCAGUUGGAAAAAGUCAUGUUGAUGCACGCGCUGAAAAGAGGCCACGCCACCCACCUGCAGAGAUCACUGCCUCACCUCGCGCUCCCAGCUGACAGCAGAGGGGGAAAAAAAAUCUCUCCACUUUUAAAUUUAAGAUAAGAGGAUUUUAAAUAUUCAUGCUAGCGCAUAUUAUUACGGCCCCACAAUCCCCACCCUGAAUUUUUAAAUUGUCCAUUUCAAAGCGCCCACCUCCCUUCACCAGAAUCAUACAGUUCAGUUUGAAUUCAUUACAAAGUUUGGAUUUGUUGCAUUGUGGAUCAACAUCAAUUUAAACUCUUAGAGGGGGACAAGUACUGUACUGAAUGUGCCUUUAAAGUAUUUAUCAAUCAUAAUCCUUAUUUAGAGCAUUGGUGCCACAACAAGCUGUUAAAAAUAGGAUAUAUAUAUAAAAUUAUUGCUCAUUUUUUCAGUACAUUGGCUAAUUAUAACAUCAACCAAACAUUCAAUAUCUCAGCAUCCUGUAAAAAUACAUAUACUAUGUAUGUGUGCUUGUUUGAAGACAGGUUUCAUGAAAGAUAAUUAAGUUUAACAGUUAUUCUGACACAUGUAACCAAGUUACACAAGUAACCACUAGCUAGCGUAGCAUACAAAUUGAAGAAAAAAAUGAAUUAAACAUAGAGUAAUUAUGAUUAAUAGUUAAAGAUUAAUGUAAGUGUGUGUAUUUAUCUUGCAGGGAAACCGAAGCAGGGUUCAAAUCAUCUUCAUCCUGGAUAUUAUCAGGUCAAACUGUACAGGCAAACGAUUCAUUUGUUUAGUAAGGGCAGGGAUGUGUUUGACAGACACGUUUAUUAAUCUUUUUUGUGAUUGACAUACUGUACCUGAUUCUAUCUCAAAUGUUCCUGCUGCAGUAAAAAAAUAAAUAAAUAAAAAACAUGGCUUGAAAAGAAAACAGUUUAAACAAACAGCAAGAAAUAUUUUUGCCGAUGACUCCGGAUGUCACUGUAGGAAACAUCAUGACAGAUACUGUGUUGCUAACAAAAGCUGAUGUAGGGAGGUGAGGCAAUAUAAUGCAAGUGGCAUUUACAGUCUUAAAAGACAAACAUAAAUAAAUAGUGACAAGGAGCCAUUUUGUAUUGCAACUAAUACAAAUAUUCAAGCUGUCAGGGUAUGUUUUCAGCACAUAAUGCUUUACAGUGUAUUGUGAUUUGACUGCUCAAUGCAAGUUAAUUUAUUUAUCCCGCAGAGAAAUUAAGGCAGCAUAUAUUAUAGGUUAUGGAAAUGAUUAGCAUGAUUUUCCAUGUGUUGUUUGGCACUUCACAAAGGCGUCACCAUGAACAGAGAGGAGAGUUGACCCUGCGAUUAAUGAAACCCUUUCUUGUGCCUUUGUCUGUUUUAACUGGGAGAUUGUGCCAUACUACAAACUGGAGCUGCUGCUCCGGCUCCUGCAGUCGCCACCCUACUUCCCUGAGCAGCAUACUGAGUUGUCACUAUCAAAAAAAAACUCUGUUUCUUGAGUGCUACCAUUCAGUAUGGUGGAUAUGUUUGUUGCACAGCAAGCACAAGCUACCCCUCCUGUCAAACGGAGGCAGAAAGAAAAAAAAAAAAUAAACAAUAAACUUGAAUUUUCUUUUUUUCAUUCAGUUCAAAAUGGAAAAAGAAAAAAAAAUAGGCUUCUCAAACAUUUCAAUUGGUAAAAAAAAAAACAUUGAGUAACUUCUGACUGGUGUGAAUUUUCUUUGAAAUCUUUGAUAGUGUGGCAGCUGCCAAUGUAGGGUUGGACGUGCUAUUUUAAAAAGAGGUUGCAUCAAGUAUUUGUCAACCUGUCCCUCAUUAUUUCCACUGAACUGGAAAAUAAGUUGCCAAGCAAUGAUGCAGAGCCUGAGAUAAUGCCUGGGUUUUAAAGCAAGCUAUCUAAACCAGGUCUCUCCAUGACGCCGAUGACUGAAUCACACACUGCGAAGUGUUUUCACGUGAAGCUCCCGGGCAAUUGUCAGUUUUCAUGAAGGAUUGAAUGAGGUUGCCAUAAAGAAAAAAAUCACCAUUUGACUGACAGUAAAUAUAAUCCUAUUUUAUUUGUUUUCAGGCCUCAAAAGGCAGAUUACACAUUGUUUUAUAUAUAUAUAGAUAUAUACAUAUAUACUGAAUGACACAACAAAUCACUUCUUUGUAGCACCAGUUCAUCUUAUGUGUCUUCAGUGUUGUGUUUGUUUAAAUGGAGUGGCCUCUAGUAGAGUUCAAGGUGUGAGGUGCAGCAUUUCUUCUGUUUGUUUUAAGUGAGUUGAAUAUAUUUACGUAUGCCAUUUUUGUUCUUUUUACAAAAAAAUCAAUCAGAGUGGCCAUUAUAAGGUUGACGGGAACAUCCUAAUUUUUCUAUAUGAACUUUUAUUUUGUUAUUUGUUUGUUUUAUUUAAGUCUUCAAAUCACCAUGCUGAAAAAUAAUGUGAUGAGAAGUCUGGAACGGAAAUGUUUACUCAAAUGUGUAUGAUGGUCCUUUAGCCACCAGGGAUAUAGUUGUACAUUUAUAGGCUCUAGAUCACUGGAAUGAUAUAUAUGGCUUUAAGUGGCAUUGAUAUAUCUAUAUAUAAUAUAUAUAAAUAUAUAUUGAUAUUUGUCCAGAAAUAAGAAAAUCCAUGUACUUUAAUUACUUUAAAGCUUACAUUGUGUAUAGCACGUAUGCAAGUCCAUUUUCAUCAUGUUUGAUGUAAUUUUGUAGCAGUGGUUUGAUACUAAUAAAUGGCAGUUGAUGAUGGAA